UUUAUCAUUUGUAGAUGUCGACGUGACAGACUGCCUGUGCGCAGGACUUGUGUAACUUCUUAGGUAAAGUUCAAGGUAGACACCAGAUACGGACAUUUGAUCAUUCAGGCAUCUGACUCUGCAGUGUGUGAUUUUUGAUGGAAGCAAGCAGAUCAUAAGACAGGAAAGCCUAGGAUAUCAGACAAAAUGGGAGAAUGGGGAUUCCUGUCAAAUUUAUUGGAAAAGGUGCAAUCCCACUCCACCGUCAUCGGGAAGGUUUGGAUGACCGUUCUGUUCGUCUUCAGGAUCAUGGUGCUGGGGGCUGGCGCAGAGAAAGUCUGGGGUGACGAGCAGUCCAAGAUGGUUUGCAACACAAAACAGCCUGGUUGCAAAAAUGUGUGCUAUGAUCAGGCCUUCCCUAUCUCCCACAUUCGCCUCUGGGUGAUGCAGAUAAUCUUUGUGUCGACCCCGACCUUGAUAUACCUGGGUCACGUCAUACACAUUGUGCACAAGGAGGACAAACUCAGGGAGAGGUUACAGAAUGAAGCCGGGAGGCAAGGGUUGAAGAUGCCCAAAUAUACGGAUGACAAAGGAAAAGUUCACAUCAGAGGCAGCCUCUUGGGCAGCUACAUGACCAGCCUGGUGUUUAAGAUUAUUCUAGAGGUUGCGUUCAUCGUGGGUCAGUAUUACGUCUACGGCUUUGUGUUCGUGCCCCGGAUAGAGUGCGAAGGGGAGCCUUGCCCCUUCAAGGUGGAGUGCUUCAUGUCACGGCCCACAGAGAAGACCAUCUUUAUCAUCUUCAUGCUGGCGGUGUCCUGUGUGUCUCUGCUGCUGACGGUGGUGGAGAUCUUCUACCUGCUGUGCAGAAAUUGCAAGAAGAGGCCCAACUACAGUGGAGCGCAGCAGAUGAUCACUAUGUCAGGUUACAGUGCAGGGAAAAUGUAACAUUGCACUCGACUUCAGUGGUCACACAAGAGAAUGCAGGCCACGCAGACACAGUAACAUUCAUCACAUAGUGUAUUGAAUGAGACAGUGAUGUACGUCGCUUUGGACAAAAGCGUCUGCUAAAUGACUAAAUGUAAAUGUAAUGUAAUGAUUUACAUUUAUUUGUUUACCCAACUGGGUAUCCAACAAAGGAUUAAUGUGGAUAAGUACAGAAUGGAUAGAAUGAACAAAUUAAAAGUAGAUUUAUUUAUUUGCUGUUUUUUUACCUCAUGGGAAGUCUUGUUUCACAUUUUUGGUUAUCUGUUGACAGGUUUUGAAUAAUACUAAUGGUCCUUGUGCAUCACAUGUCUGUUUUUCAUUGAAGUAACACUUGGACAUGGUUUUGUACCUGGUGGCAUCAAGAUUUAUUUUGUUUAUGUUGAUAAUAUGAUGAGACUGUUUAGAGAGGCAAGACUAUUUAAAAUUAAAUUGUAUGUGAAGCAAGGGGAAAGUCUUUGUUCCUUAUGAAGGUCUGUAAGAAAAGUCACAUAUGAAGUCAAAUAUUGAUUUGCCUAGCAAUUUAGCCAACAUUCAGCUGAUUUCCAAAUGGACUUUCACACAUAAGUUUUUGUGCACCUUGUUGUCAUGAUCACUACUAAACAGUAAUCAUUAAUUGUACAUAAAAUUUAACAUUUCAAACAAUUACUCAAAUAUUGAAAUAUUUAACAAUGUUAAUAGAAAAUUGUGAUGCAAAUACAUUGUUUUGUGUUUUUAUAUUUAUAAUAUUUGUUUUGUCAUUUGUCAUUUCUUAAAUAAAAGAACCCAUUAGAGAAA